AUGAUCAGAUCAUUGUUGUUCUCAAUAAUAUUAUUUUCAUUAUGCAUUGCUGAUUAUUGUGAUAAGACAACAUUCACUGCUGAAUUUCGUGUUCAACAGUUGAAUCGUUCACCAGAUGGUUUUAAACGUUCACUUUUGAGCAUUAACAAUCAAUUUCCAGCUCCAAUAAUUAACAUUUGUAAAGGCGAUACUAUUAACAUAACAGUCGUGAAUACGCUCGAUAUGUCGACUAGUAUUCAUUGGCAUGGAAUGUUUCAAAUUGGUACACUAACAUCUGACGGGGUGCCAGGAGUAACACAAUGUGCAAUACCAUCAAAUCAAAAAUAUCAUUAUAAAUUUCACACAGGAAUUCAAACUGGUACAUAUUGGUAUCAUUCACAUUCUUCUAUUCAAUAUAUUGAUGGACUAAAAAGUGCAUUAAUCAUUCACGAUCCUGAAGAUCCAUGGAAAAACUAUUACGAUGGAGAAGAGGUUUUAAUGUUAUCUGAUUGGUAUCAUAAGCAAGCAUUAACUUUACAAAAAUCUUACCUUUCACAGUCGAGUGGCGGCGAUGAGCCAGUACCUGAUACGGGACUGAUUAACGGAAUUGGUCAAUAUAACUGCGCUGUUAACAAAUGUCAGUAUUAUAAUGCUUCUAUUAAAAUUGGAGCGGCAAAACGAUUUCGAAUUAUAAACACAUCAGCAUUCGCUGUUUUUCUAUUUACAAUUGAAGAACACACAAUGAAAGUAAUAGAAGCUGAUGGUAUCAGUUUAAAUGGUGAAGCAAAUGUUAGCGGAAUUCGUAUAAAUGCCGGACAACGAUAUUCUGUUUUGGUUGAAGGAAAACCUAGUACAAAUCGAAACUAUUGGAUUCGAGCUAUAAUUGAUCCAAAUCCUAUGGCGUUUCCGUCGUUAAAACCAAAUGUUAGUGCGAUAUUAUCCUAUAAUGAUAAAUACGGUCUCCCUUCAGAACUGCAAUUGAAUAAAAAUGAUGGAUUUAUAUUAGAUUCAUUUCGUGAAGGCGAUAGCUUCAUUGAUCCAUAUUCACUUCAACCAAUGGAACCAGAUAUACCAAGUAAAAGCAAUAAAACUGUGAAAGUAGAAAUUGAAUUUGAUGAUGAUGAAAAUGGUGUCAAUCUAGCAUAUUUUAAUAAUAAUAGCUUCGUUCCUUUAAUGAAUACAACCCUGUUGUCUAUCGUUCAAACCAAUCGAUCAUAUCCAAAAUCAAAUAAUGUUAUUUCAAUUGAUUAUGCUGAUAUUGUUGACAUAAUCAUCAAUAAUCACGACGAUGGAGAACAUCCAAUCCAUUUGCAUGGACAUACAUUUUCGAUAAUUGCAAACGGAAAAACAAACGAUGGUGAUUUUAAUAAGAAAAAAGUUAUUUUUAAUACUAAAAAUCCAUUGAGACGCGAUACAGUAUCUAUUAAUCCAAAUAGUUAUAUGGUACUACGUUUUGUAGCGAAUAACCCUGGCAUAUGGAUGAUGCAUUGUCAUAUCGACUGGCAUUUACAAGCUGGCCUAGCAAUUAUUUUCGCUGAAGCAGCUCAACAUGUUCAAAAACUCUAUGGAACAACUAAAAAUCUCAAUAAGUGCGCAACCUAUAAUUAA